AUGCACUACAUCUGUAAUAUUGAACUUGGCUCUCAUUUCAACGCAGGCAGUAGAUUCAAUGUUUCAUCCCGCGUAAUCUUCGAGCAAGCGAUAUCUCACCCGCCCGCUCUUGUCUCCUCUGCUCUGGUGUCGGGUCGGCGCCGCUCGUGCUCGGUCAGGCUGGAGCGCCUGCUGGUGGACGCGGAGCGGCGCACCUGCCGGGUAGGGCGCCGCACAUACAAUCUGCACGCCACCGAGCCCGCACCCACACCCCAUGUCACCGCCACCAUCUAUCAAUGUCACCAUUGCGGCAAACGGUUCAGGAACAAGUCGGUUUUGGAGAAACACAUAAUCACUCACUUGUCGUUGGGAAAAACACGUAAUUCAACCCGAGAGAACAUUGCUUUGGAUCAUCAAAGAAUGUCACUAAGGAAUAGAAAACCUAAUAAUAAAGCUUUUGAUUGUGAUUACAAGUCCAAUCAAAAAUUAUACUCAGGGAAUCACAAGAAGACACACACUGGUGAAAAGCCAUUUAAAUGUAACUACUGUGACUACAAGUGCAAUAGAAAAGAUGUGUUAGGGAAUCAUGUGAUGACUCACACUGGUGAAAAGCCAUUCAAAUGUAGCUACUGCGAUUACCGGUGCGUUUUAAAAGGUAAUUUACAGCCGCACCUAUUAACUCAUACUGAUGAAAAACCUUUUAAUUGUAACUAUUGUGACUACAAGUGCAUUAGGAAAAAUAUGUUACAGAAUCAUAUGAUGACUCACACUGAUGAAAAGCCAUUUAAAUGUAAUUACUGUGACUACAAGUGCAUUUCGAAAUACAUGUUACAGAAUCAUAUCAUGACUCACACUGGCGAAAAGCCAUUUAAAUGUAGCUACUGCGAUUACCGGUGCAAUUUGAAAGGUAAUUUGCAGAGGCACCUAUUAACUCAUACUGAUGAAAAACCUUUUAAUUGUAACUAUUGUGACUACAAGUGCAUUAGGAAAAAUAUGUUACAGAAUCAUAUGAUGACUCACACUGAUGAAAAGCCAUUUAAAUGUAAUUACUGUGACUACAAGUGCAUUUCGAAAUAUAUGUUACAGAAUCAUAUCAUGACUCACACUGGCGAAAAGCCAUUUAAAUGUAGCUACUGCGAUUACCGGUGCAAUUUAAAAGGUAAUUUGCAGAGGCACCUAUUAACUCAUACUGAUGAAAAACCCUUUAAUUGUAUGCACUGUGACUACAAGUGCAUUAGGAAAAAUAUGUUACAGAAUCAUAUGAUGUCUCACACUGGUGAAAACCCAUUUUGUAGGUACUGUGACCACAGGAGCCGUCUUAGAGAAACCCUACGAGCUCAUGAGAUGAUACAUACUGGUGAAAAACCCUAUAAAUGUAAAUACUGUGACUUCAAGUCCAAGAAGAAAGGUAAUUUACGAGACCACGAGAUAAGACACACCGGGGAAAAGCUUGUUAAAUGUAGUAACUGUGACUACAAGUGCACAAACAAAUCAGAACUACGACGUCAUCAUGCAGCAAAACACACCGAUAAAAAGCCUUUCCAGUGUAGUUAUUGCGAAUACAAAUGCAAACUGAAAAAGCAGUUACGAACUCACGAGAUGACACACACAAAUGAAACGUAUUUACAGUGCAAUUAUUGCGCAUACAAGUGCAAGCUAAAACAACACUUAAUUAUUCACCUAACGCCCGCUCUUGUCUCCUCUGCUGUGGUGUCGGGUCGGCGCCGCUCGUGCUCGGUCAGGCUGGAGCGCCUGCUGGUGGACGCGGAGCGGCGCACCUGCCGGGUCGGCCGCCGCACAUACAAGCUGCACGCCACCGAGCCCGCACCCACACCCCAUGUCACCGCCACCAUCUGUCAAUGUCACCAUUGCGGCAAACGGUUCAGGAACAAGUCGGUUUUGGAGAAACACAUAAUCACUCACUUGUCGUUGGGAAAAACACGUAAUUCAACCCGAGAGAACAUUGCUUUGGAUCAUCAAAGAAUGUCACUAAGGAAUAGAAAACCUAAUAAUAAAGCUUUUGAUUGUGAUUACAAGUCCAAUCAAAAAUUAUACUCAGGGAAUCACAAGAAGACACACACUGGUGAAAAGCCAUUUAAAUGUAACUACUGUGACUACAAGUGCAAUAGAAAAGAUGUGUUAGGGAAUCAUGUGAUGACUCACACUGGUGAAAAGCCAUUUAAAUGUAGCUACUGCGAUUACCGGUGCAUUUUAAAACGUAAUUUGCAGAUGCACCUAUUAACUCAUACUGAUGAAAAACCUUUUAAUUGUAAGCACUGUGACUACAAGUGCAUGAGGAAAAAUAUGUUACAAAAUCAUAUCAUGACUCACACUGGCGAAAAGCCAUUUAAAUGUAGCUUCUGCGAUUACCGGUGCACUUCAAAACGUAAUUUGCAGAGGCACCUAUUAACUCAUACUGGUGAGAAGCCAUUUCAAUGUAACUACUGUGACUACAAGUGCAUUACGAAAUAUUUGUUACGGAAUCAUAUGAUUACUCACACUGGUGAAAAGCCAUUUAAACGUAAGUACUGUGAUUACAAGUGCAUUUUGAACAAUAAUUUACAGAGUCAUCUGAUGACUCACACUGGCGAAAAGCCAUUUAAAUGUAGUUUCUGCGAUUACCGGGGCAAUUUAAAAGGUAAUUUGCAGAAGCACCUAUUAACCCAUACUGAUAAAAAACCUUUUAAUUGUAAUUACUGUGACUACAAGUGCAUGAGGAAAAAUAUGUUACAAAAUCAUAUCAUGACUCACACUGGCGAAAAGCCAUUUAAAUGUAGCUUCUGCGAUUACCGGUGCACUUCAAAACGUAAUUUGCAGAGGCACCUAUUAACUCAUACUGGUGAGAAGCCAUUUCAAUGUAACUACUGUGACUACAAGUGCAUUUCGAAAUAUACGUUACAGAAUCAUAUGAUGACUCACACUGGUGAAAAGCCAUUUAAAUGUAACUACUGUGACUACAAGUGUAUGAGGAAAAAUAUGUUACAGAAUCAUAUCAUGACUCACACUGGCGAAAAGCCAUUUAAAUGUAGCUACUGCGAUUACCGGUGCAAUUUAAAAGGUAAUUUGCAGAGGCACCUAUUAACUCAUACUGAUGAAAAACCUUUUAAUUGUAAGCAUUGUGACUACAAGUGCAUUACGAAAUAUAUGUUACAGAAUCAUAUCAUGACUCACACUGGCGAAAAGCCAUUUAAAUGUAGCUACUGCGAUUACCGGUGCAUUUUAAAAAGUAAUUUGCAGAUGCACCUAUUAACUCAUACUGAUGAAAAACCUUUCAAUUGUAAGGACUGUGACUACAAGUGCAAUUCGAAAUAUAUGUUACAGUAUCAUAUGAUUACUCACACUAGUGAAAAGCCAUAUAAAUGUAACUACUGUGACUACAAGUGCAUUACGAAAAGUAUGUUACAGAGGCAUAUGGUGAAACACACUGGUGAAAAGCCAUUUAAAUGUAACUACUGUGACUACAAGUGCAUUACGAAAAAUAAGUUACAGAAUCAUAUGAUGACUCACACUGGUGAAAAGCCAUUUAAAUGUAACUACUGUGACUACAAGUGCAUUACGAAAAAUAAGUUACAGAAUCAUAUGAUGACUCACACUGGCGAAAAGCCAUUUAAAUGUAGCUACUGCGAUUACCGGUGCAUUUUAAAAAGUAAUUUGCAGAGGCACCUAUUAACUCAUACUGAUGAAAAGCGGCGCCCGCUCGGUGCCAGCUAA